AUGUCUGAGUGCAGGAAUGAAGAUCCAUCCUCUCGUCCCAGUUUCUCUGAGUUGAUUGAUCGACUGGAGGUGAUCAUGACGAGGGAUGUACCAUAUUGUGACUUGGACAAGCAUGAUGAGUCACGCUCCUACCACAACGUGCCCGUUAACGCUGAUGAACACAGCGGGUUUAUACAAGUGGACGCUAUGAACAACGUAGAAGACAUUUUACAAGCCAUCUCUGUUGGCUUGUUUGUUGGUAUUUUUCUUCUCAACACUGGUCGUGGUCUAAAUGCCAUCGAAGUCUGCAAAAAUUGUUUGAUCUUUCUGAAUAAUGAGGUAUUGAAUAAAGAGGAACAAACUGUUUAUUUACUCAAAAUUGUUAUCUAUCAAACAAUCUUCAAGGCGUAUUGUCUAAUCCCUGAUUACACAAAUGCCAUAAGAAACGGUAGGAAACUUCUUGACAUUUACCGCGAGUACGGUAAAACAACCCAAGAAGGAAAUCUUACGGCGACACUGGCUAACAUACAUGAAAAGCAAUCUAAAUACGCAGAAGCGAAAACCCUGUAUCACAGAGCGAUGAAUAUCAUGAGAGAAACAGGCAAUAGGAAAGGAGAAUCAGAUGUUUACGGAAAACUUGGAGCCAUGUUUUAUCGUCGCGGUGAAUAUGGCAAAGCUAAAGAUUACAUCGAGAAAGCACUUGCGAUCACAAUAAAAAUUGGUGACACAGCAGGAAGAGUAAGAUGUUACAAUAACUUAGCAACUGUGUUUCGAUCUGUUGGUGAAUAUGAAGAAGCUAAAAACUAUCUUGAGAAAGCACUUGCAAUCGCAAUAGAAAUUGAAGACAGAGCACUAGAAGCAGGCUGCUAUGGGAACUUAGGAACUGUCUUUCGAUUUCUUGCUGAAUAUGACAAAGCUAAAGAAUAUCUCAACAAAGCACUUGUAAUCAGAAUACAAAUUGCUAAAGAAUAUCUUGGAAAAGCCCUUGACAUCAACAUGCAAAUUGGUGACAUAGGAGAAAAAGCAAGGUGUUACGGAAACUUAGGAAAUGUGUUUCAAGAUCUUGGUGAAUAUGACAAAGCUAAAGAACAUUUUGAGAAAGCACUUGCCAUCAGACUCAAAAUUGGUGACAAAAAGGGAGAAGCAGUAGACUACGGAAACUUAGGAACUGUGUUUCAAGCUCUUGCCGAGCAUGAUAAAGCGAAGGAAUAUUUUGAGAAAGCACUUGCAAUCAGAAUACAAAUUGAUGACAUUGCAGGACAAGCCAGCUGUCUCGGAAAGUUGGGAACUCUGUUUAAAUCAGUUCGUGAAUAUAACAAAGCUAAAGAAUAUCUUGAGAAAGCACUCGCCAUCAGAAUACAGAUUGGUGAUAGAAAAGGAGAAGCAAGCUGUUACGGAAAUUUAGGAACUGUCUUUCAAUAUCUUGGUGACUACGAAAAAGCUGAAGAAUAUCUUGAGAAAGCACUUGCCAUAAGAAUACAAAUUGGUGAUAGAAAAGGAGAAGCAAGUUGUUACGGAAACUUAGGAACUGUCUUUCAAUCUCUUGGUAAAUAUGACAAAGCUAAAGAAUAUGUUGAGAAGGCACUUUCGAUAAGCGUAGUAAUUGGUGACCGACGAGGAGAAGCGGAAGAUAACGGAACCUUAGGAGUAUUGUGUCAAUGUUAUGGUGAAUAUGUCACAGCUGAAGUUUAUAUCGAGAAGGCACUGUCAAUUACCCGAGACAUUGGACACUUAGACAAAGAGUUUCAAUUACUUGGUUUUCUUGCAUUGGUGAAGUUAUGCCAAGACAAGAUCCAGGAGGUGUUUGAUUGUCUGGUUCAUUGUAUGAGCAAAAGCGAGUCUUUGUGUACUUUCUUAAGAAACAACGACGAUUUUAAGAUUUCGUUUUCAGAUGCUCGUGAUCUUCCCUACCGACGUCUCAGUCAACUCUUUUGUUUUACGGCAAAUCCGAAUCCUGCCCUUUACGUUUUAGAGCUAGCACGGGCUAGAGCGUUAGCAGACUUGAUGGCAUCUCAGUACUCUGUGAAAAGGCAAAUCUCAGCUGAUCGGCAAUCGUGGAUUGGUAUUGAAAAUGUUAUGAAAAACGAAGGUAACUCUAUUGCUCUGUACAUAGCUUAUUAUGACCAGCAUCUGUUUUUCUGGGUUAUCAUGACAAGUGGAAUCAUUAACUUUCGAAGAAUAACAGUAGACGAAAAACUACUUGGUGCCGGAUUAGUUGCCAAUUUAGAUGGCUUUUUCGCUAAAAGCUUUCGAAGCUUUGGUAUUUUGCCUCAAGGAGAUUGUGAGGAUCGAUCUUCAAAUGAAAGUGAGCUCAACCCUUAUUCCUCUCAGGAAGAGACCCUCGCCACUUUGCGACAAGGAAAGGAUAAAGAUAAUCCCGAACUGAAUCUGACUUUGUUCUACAAUAUGAUCAUUGCUCCUGUGGCUGACUUACUUGAGGGACCCGAGAUCAUCAUUGUUCCUGAACCCUGCUUGUACCAUGUUCCAUUUCCAGCUAUACUUGAUGAAAGUGGAAAGUACUUAUCAGAGACUUUCAGGAUUCGCAUCAUUCCUUCUUUGACGACUCUCAAAUUUAUUCAGGACAGUCCCGCAGGCUAUCACUGUCAGUCUGGUGCUCUGAUCGUGGGUGACCCUGAUGUUGGUGAGGUGCGAUACAAUGAUCGACGAAAAACCUUUACACCAUUGCCUUUUGCAAGAAAGGAAGCAGAGAUGAUUGGGCGACUGCUGGGCGUUCAAGCUUUGUUAGGAGAGCAAGCAACUAAGCAGGCGGUACUUGAACGUUUACAUACAGUAAGUCUUAUACAUUUUGCCGCACAUGGUAGUGCCGAAAGAGGAGAAAUUGUCCUCUCUCCCGUGCGCUCUACUAAUAAGCUUCCUAAAGACGAAGAGUACCUCUUGACGAUGUGUGACAUUUCAAAAGUUCAACUGCGAGCUAAACUGGUGGUACUUAGCUGUUGUCACAGUGGUCGUGGGCAGAUUAGAGCCGAGGGAGUUAUUGGAAUUGCUCGAGCUUUCUUAGGAUCCGGUGCACGUUCAGUUCUGGUAGCACUGUGGGCCUUGAAUGACAAAGCAACAGAAACGUUCAUGAGGUGUUUCUAUGAGCAUCUUUAUCGUGGGGAAAGCGCCAGUGAAUCUCUUCACGAGGCCAUGAAAUGGAUGAGAGGUAACGGCUAGUCUGAAGUGAAGCAGUGGGCACCAUUUAUGCUGAUUUGAGAUAACGUGUCAUUUGAGUUUGCAAAAUAA